GAGCGUCAUCUCGCGUCAGGGCUGGCACACGUCUACUGGCCCAGCAAAGGUACGUUAUGCAGAGCAGGCGGCCAUGGCUUGGAAGUCGAGGACCCGCAGUCUACAGGUGUUUGACACGGAGCUGAGUGCUGACACGGUAGAGUGGUGUCCCGUUCCCUCGAGCCAUGACAUCCUGGCCUGCGGCACCUAUCAACUACAGAGAGAGGGAGGGGAAGAGGAUGCUACCCCGACACGAACUGGCCGUUUGUACCUUUUUGAAUUUAAGCGAGAAGGACCAAUGAGCCCCCCACUCACUGAGCUGCAGCGCAUGGACACAGCUGCCAUUUUAGAUUUGAAAUGGUGCCAUGUUCCAGUAUCAGAGAAAGCACUGCUAGGAAUGGCAGCUGCUACAGGGGAACUGCAGUUGUACACACUGUCAGGUAGUCAGGAAGGGGGUCGCAGUCUGCAGGCUCUGAGUAGUUUGGAGGUUGGAGCUGAACGGCUGGCUCUGUCAUUAGACUGGUCCACUGGAAGAAAGGACAGCAGCAGUGAUGUGCGUGUGGUUUGCAGCGACUCUGCAGGCUGCGUCAGUGUGCUGUCUCUCGCUGAAGGCGCUCUAAUGGCUCUGUCUCAGUGGAAAGCCCACGACUUUGAGGCCUGGAUUUCAGCUUUCUCCUACUGGGACACACAACUGGUUUAUUCUGGUGGUGAUGACUGCAAACUUAAAGGCUGGGAUCUCAGGGUUGGUCCCUCCAGCCCCACAUUCACCAGUAAAAGGCACUCAAUGGGUGUGUGCAGCAUUCACAGCAACCCACAUCGAGAACACAUUCUGGCUACAGGCAGCUACGAUGAGCAGAUUUUGCUGUGGGACGGCAGGAAUAUGCGGCAGCCCCUUAGUGAGAAUCAUGUGGGGGGCGGAGUGUGGAGGCUGAAGUGGCAUCCAGCCCAUCAGCACCUGCUGCUAGCAGCCUGCAUGCACAAUGAUUUCCAUAUCCUUCACUGCCAGCAGGCAUUAGAGGGCAGUGAAGGUGCGUGUCCUGUUGUAGCCUCUUAUAUCCUCCACAACUCCCUGGCAUAUGGAGCAGACUGGUCUAAUGUGUCCCUGGAGGACCCUGCUCCCUGUUCCCCUCCCGCCACAGAACCAAAGGAAAGCCGCACAGAGAGCGGAGGACACUUAAGGAUUCAGUAUGAAUCUCCCACUGCCAGCUUUGACACUUCCCUGGAGGAUGAUGCCGGAAGAUACAUACCAGAGGGAACUGCAGCGCCCUCUCCCACCCCUGCUGCCGUUUCUGCUCUCAACCCUGACGGGGACGCUCCCUCCAUGUCUUGUCUGCUGGCGAGCUGUUCGUUCUAUGACCACAUGCUCCAUGUGUGGCGCUGGGACUGGACUCCAGAUGAGGCUCAACAGGAAUCCUGACCAAGUUGGAGCACUGCCUGAGAUGACACUAUAGAAUUACCUAUCAAAUUAUAACACGUCUCGACGUAAAGCAUGAUAAACAACCUAAUUACAACAUGGGCAUGAUUUGAAGUUAUUCCAGUCACUGUCCCAUACACUCUGUAAUAACAUAUCACAGAAUAUGCAAUUAGUAAAACCCUUUAUUUUCAUAAUGACACUUAUUUUUAUAAACUUGAAUUUAAGCACACAUUAUUUAUAAUCCUUAUACUCUGUAUGUUCUGUAGCAAUACAACUGAAACACCUUUUUUAUAUAUAUGUGUGUGUGUGUGUGUGUAUAUAUAUAUACACACACAUACAUACACACAAACAUAUUAGAGUGUGACAAAACCACCUUGCUUGAAGAUCCACAGAUGCAUAGGGAAUUUGUGCAUUAUAUGUGAAUUUGUCCUCAAUCCAAAUUUUUGCUUUUUACACAACUAUAUUGUUGGGAGCUCAAGGGUUUGAUUUAAGUCCAGAGUCACAGGUUGAAGGUUGAUAACUUCUAGGCAAAAUGCUAUGCCAGUAUCUGCUUAAACACAAUAUGAGGUGUAUAAACAUCCACUGGCCAAUUUAUUAGGUACACUAGUAAAGCCGAUUGCAUUCUUAUAUAACAAGUCUGCACUCAUUCUCAUCUUCAUGAAGUUAUGAUAUUUAGGAUUUGUUUCAAGUAACAGAGCAGCUGAUUCAGCUGUGGUUUGUAUUACUGUUGAAUCGUCUUCUACCAACACAUCUUAAUCAGUGGGCUAGACUUAAUAACAGAAAUGCUUUUGUGUUAAAUUCAAUCCAGUUUAACAGUACCACAAUAUAAAGUUCUCCAGAAUAAUCAUGAAGCUGAAUUACCACCAUCUGAUGCCAUUUUCACAUAAACUGAACACUGCAAUAGUCAUGAGGGGAGGACUUAAAGCAGGCCUCUUAUUAGGAUGCAUCCAUUUUCAUUAGUGUAUCUAAAGAAUUGGCCUGUGAGUGUACUUUAACAUAUGAGAAUUCCAUAUUAUGUCUUAGGAAAUUUACCAGUUAAAUUUGUUUAUCACCAAUAAAUUUUCACUGAGAAUUGUAUGUUCAUUGUUCAUGUCUCGGCUUGGACACAAGAGAAGACUUCUUUAAAAUCAAAUAGUUUGGAACGUGUAACUACCAGCAACUUCAUCACCUCUGUAUUUAGUUGUUAUACAAAAUCUCCUGCCCACAUGUGAUUUUUUUCUGCAGCAAACACGAAUGAACCCUUGGUUUUGUAAAUCAGUCAUUUUAAUGUGUAAAUGAUGAUCCGCUUAAACUGUUUAUGCAAUCUUUAGAAACAUAAAUGUGCACUUCUGAAGUAUGGAUUAUACACUUGACGAUU